UGGAUACGUUUUUCAUUUGAGCCACUGACUACAAUUAGUCGUAUGGAAACCACGGACAAGGUGCUUUCGGAGCGCCGUAUGAAGGCUGUCCGGGCUCUAGCAGAACGCUGUGCUCCAGCCAGAACCUCUCGUGAUGUUUGGAAGGCUGUCUUAGAUGCGUUGGAAGGGAAUGCUGCUGAUUUUCCUUAUGUUCUAUGCUACACCGAUCAGACAACAUCGACUGACGGCGCUUCAAGCUCCUCAGAGGUAGACACAAACUCCGAACAAACCAACAGUGACUUUCUGCUCGCACCUGAUGUUACUCACCUCAAACUCGUUGGGUCGAUUGGUAUUGAGCCUGGGCAUCCUAUAGCCUCCCCCAAGUGGUGGAGCUUUCUUCCUCUAAGUCCCAGCAAGGUCAUUAACCCUUUGCCGAAGCAUGUGUCGGCUGCAACUCCCUUAGGGCACAAAAUCCUUGUCCACAGCUAUUCCAAUGCAGAGGAUGAGAGGAUCCUAUACGCGAUGCAGUCCUGGUGCCAUUGUGUACAUCUUAUGAUUGCGCACCCAUGGGUUUGAUGGUUUCGUACAUUAAGUUGACCAGUAUCUGGCAGAACCUAGUGGGAUCCGCGAUGAUACAGGUUUCUCUCUCGAUAUCAUCACGGAUGGUCAAUCUUAAAUCGAUGGACUGCGCUGCAGCUUGCACGGAGUAUAUGUCCAACGUAGCCUGAAGUUCCUCCAGUAGGUGAAACGUGGUAGGAUUACGCUUAAAAGAUUGCUAUAUAGUCGAGAAGCGGCAAGGAUAUCAUUUUAAC